AGCAUUCCUUAUGUUGGGACAAUACACGAUGGCCUUGUUCCUGGAAACACGAUUGUGAUACUUGGGACUGUUCCUGAUGAUGCGGACAGGUUCCAGGUGGAUUUACAGUGUGGCAGUAGCGUAAAGCCUCGAGCUGAUGUGGCGUUUCAUUUGAACCCCCGGUUCAAAAGGUCUGGCUGCAUUGUUUGCAACACGUUGGAGAGGGAAAAAUGGGGCUGGGAAGAAAUCACUUACGAGAUGCCCUUUCAAAAAGGGAAGUCAUUCGAGAUUAUCAUUGUGACUUUAAAAGAUAAAUUCCAGGUGGCUGUAAAUAAGAAGCACUUGCUGCUCUACAACUACAGAAUGAACCUUGAAAGAAUAGAUACUCUUGGAAUAUAUGGCAAAGUGCAGAUCAAAACUAUAGAAUUUGUUUCCAAUGGGGAAAUGCCAGAUGGUUCCCAAUUUGGAGUUCCUUAUGUUGAGAAACUUGAUGCUGCACUUCGUCCAGGCUGCGCAGUUACCAUUAAAGGAGAAGUGAAUAAAAACUCCAAGAGCUUUGUGAUAAAUCUGAAAUCAAGUGACUCAAAGGACAUUGCAUUACAUCUGAAUCCUCGAGUGAAAAACAAAGUUUUUGUAAGGAACUCGUACCUUCAUGACAGCUGGGGAGAGGAAGAAAAGGAAGUUGCCAAUUUCCCUUUCAGUCCUGGGAUUUACUUUGAGAUGAUCAUUUUCUGUGAGGCCCACCACUUCAAUGUUGCUGUUAAUGGUGUUCACACUCUGGAGUACAAGUAUCGUUUUAAACACCUUGAAAAGAUCGAUACAGUGGAAGUCACCGGAGAUGUUAAAUUGUUAGAUCUAAAGAGAUGGUAGUUCUUUUCAGUCAGUACUAAAAGAAUUAACCCUCUUCUAACGACAGUGCCUCCUUGUGAAGUGCAAACGGGUGCUGACUCACGCUGAGCCUGCUUUUAUCUGUCUAGGCUUCUGUCUGCCUCUGAGCUUGGG